AUGGAGAAUCAAGUUCAGGGGCUGUGGGGACCGGAAAGGGUCACCCGGGCGGGCCUGGCUGUGCCUCGGCGGCCUCGGCUCUCGUGGCAUCUGCCUUUGGAGGUGACUCGCCCAGGCACAGAGGGAGUGCUGUGGACACAGCCUGCUGUUCUCGCCACAGUGGAGCGGAGGCGGAGGGACAAGAUCAACAACUGGAUCGUCCAGCUUUCAAAAAUCAUUCCAGAUUGUAAUGCAGAUAAUAGCAAGACGGGAGCGAGUAAAGGAGGGAUCCUGUCAAAGGCCUGCGACUACAUCCGGGAGCUGCGCCAGACCAACCAGCGCAUGCAGGAGACCUUCAAGGAGGCUGAGCGGCUGCAGAUGGACAAUGAGCUCCUGCGGCAACAGAUCGAGGAGCUGAAGAAUGAGAACGCCGUGCUCCGCGCCCAGCUGCAGCAGCACAACCUGGAGAUGGUGGGCGAGAGCGCCCGGCAGUGACACCACCUACCACGCGGUGGGGGCCGCCUCCGGGCCCCCACCGUCCCCUUCCCCAGCCCUUAGCACAGAGAGGGACAAACGCCCCUCCCCCAGCUGCGUUUUUUAUAGUAGAUUUUUAACAAAAAAAAUGGGGAGAAAUAAUGCAUUUCUGUGGAUAAGCGCCCACCACCCUCCUCAACUUGGAAACCAUAUCCCCUCCCCCAUUUGUCCGUCUCCCUUCUCCCAGCCCCCACUCAACCCAGCACUUCUAGUGGUCUCACCUGGAGGCCAGAGGGAGGAGGACAGAGCCCCUGCCACACCCCGCUGCCUCCUCGGACUCUCGGGGUACUGAGACCAGGGUGCUUAUGGGGAGGAGGGGGUCCUGCGGGGGGCCUGGACCCAAGCAGGGAGGCCACGUCCCACCCCACCUCUUGUUUCUGGAACCCUGCUCCCCUCUGGGUGUGUGAGUGUGUUCUAAUUUUCUUUAUGGAAAAAAUGGACAAAAAAAAUAGAGAGAGAGAGGUAUUUAACUGCAAUAAACUGGCCCCAUGUGGCCCCGCCUUGUC